ACUCCCGGAGAUAGCCCAAACAAACUUCGAAAGAAAGAAAAGAAAACAGUGUCUUCUUCUCUCUUUAGCCAUCGACUACAAUAAAAAGGCCAAAGCCAAACCAGAAGCCAAGAUCCCCUCAGCAAUUCUGAUCUCUCUGUCGUACGUUGUUCUCUGAAGAAACCCGUGUCUCUUUGGGAGCGAGAAGAAAAGAAAAAGGGAAAGAAAUGGUGAUUACAACGACGAUCCCGGACCCCCGGGCCGGAGAGCUGUUGCAGUAUACAUUUGCUUCUAGAUAUGCAGCAGCGCCCGUUCCUAAGUUCAAGAUGCCGGAGAAGUCGAUACCAAAAGAAGCGGCGUAUCAGAUAAUAAACGACGAGCUUAUGCUGGACGGGACGCCGAGGCUGAACUUGGCGUCUUUUGUGACCACUUGGAUGGAGCCUGAGUGUGAGAAGCUCAUGAUGGCCUCCAUCAACAAGAACUACGUUGACAUGGACGAGUACCCUGUUACCACCGAGCUCCAGAACCGGUGCGUGAAUAUGAUAGCCCACCUAUUCAAUGCUCCUGUUGGGGAAACUGAAACUGCUGUGGGCGUGGGUACCGUGGGGUCAUCAGAGGCGAUCAUGCUGGCUGGUCUAGCUUUUAAAAGAAAGUGGCAGGCCAAGAGAAAAUCAGAGGGCAAGCCAUAUGAUAAUCCCAACAUAGUCACUGGUGCUAAUGUGCAGGUUUGCUGGGAGAAGUUUGCUAGGUACUUUGAGGUUGAGCUGAAGGAGGUAAAACUUUCAGAGGGAUAUUACGUGAUGGAUCCAGUGAAAGCAGUUGAGAUGGUGGAUGAGAACACCAUCUGUGUUGCAGCAAUUCUGGGAUCAACCUUAACUGGGGAGUUUGAGAAUGUGAAGCUCCUUCACGAGUUCCUUACAAAAAAGAACAAGAUGACAGGGUGGGACACCCCAAUUCACGUUGAUGCUGCCAGUGGAGGGUUCAUAGCACCAUUCCUUUAUCCUGAUCUGGAGUGGGACUUCCGGUUGCCUUUAGUGAAGAGCAUAAAUGUCAGUGGUCACAAGUAUGGGCUUGUCUACCCUGGUGUUGGCUGGGUUGUUUGGAGAACCAAAGAAGAUUUGCCAGAUGACCUUAUCUUUCACAUCAACUAUCUUGGUUCUGAUCAACCCACAUUCACCCUCAACUUCUCCAAAGGUUCUAGUCAAAUAAUUGCUCAAUAUUACCAGCUUAUACGGCUGGGCUUCGAGGGUUACAAGAACAUCAUGGAAAACUGCAUGGCUAAUGCCAGAGUGCUGAAAGAAGGAAUAGAGAAAAUGGGGAGAUUUGACAUUGUUUCCAAGGAUGUUGGAGUUCCCCUGGUAGCCUUCUCCCUGAAAGAUAGCAGCAAACACACAGUGUUUGAGAUAUCAGAUAGCUUGAGAAGGUUCGGGUGGAUAGUUCCAGCCUACACAAUGGCACCUGAUGCCCAACACAUCGCCGUCCUUCGCAUAGUGGUUAGGGAGGAUUUCAGCAGGAGCCUGGCCGAGAGACUUGUUGCAGACAUUGAUAAAGUUGUGAAGGAGUUGGACACCCUUCCCAGCCGUGAAUCCACCAAAGCUGCUCACAUCACGGCUACUGUUGAGCAGAAACAGCACGCUGAGGAGGUACUCGCCCACUGGAAGCGAGUUGUGGCGGCCAAGAGAGCUGGGGCUUGCUAGUAAAACCGAAGCUCUAUCCUUUUGCUGGCAGCUCUGAGACUUUCUAUAUGUUAAUCACAUUUGCUUUUUGUUAAGUUAUAUGUUAUUUGGGUUUGUUUGAUGGUUCUGUUAUAUGUGGUUUUCAUAUUUAAAAUCUUUCGUACGG